AUGUAUAUGGCAUCAUGCCGUACGGGAGAAAAGAACGAAUCCAUUGUUCCGGUACGUCUCAGCGAUAUAAAGAGGGAAAAGCAUGUCAACUUGCUGCACAUUUCGAAUCCUCAACGAGACCACAACACGGGACAUUUUGCUUGGAUUAAGUACUUAUCUCGACUCAUGAGUUCUCAAUUGAGCAAGAAAAAAGCCAGAAAAUACAUUUGCGAUCGAUGCCUGCAUUAUUUCCACUCCAACGAGAAGCUAGAAAGUCACACAGACUGCGAAAAAUUAAACGGCUGCGCCAUCCUACUACCCAGCGAGGACAACAAGUGGCUAAACUUUCGCAAUUACAGCAGGAAGGAGCGAGUUCCAUUUGUGGUGUAUGCCGACCUUGAGUGCAUCUUACAGAAGACGGUAAGUGAGAAGGAAGAGGAGGGAUGUACAUCGCACGCGUAUCAGCAUCACAAAGUAUUUAGUAUAGCAUAUUACUUGCGUUGCUCGUACGACGAUUCGUUAUCAUAUUUUCGGAGCCGUCGCGAUACGGAUUGUAUUUCGUGGUUCGUCGAGCAACUAGAAAAGUUAGCACACCGUGUAAAAGGAAAGUUAUCAACCAAUGUCGACAUGGAAACUUUGUCGAAGGAACAGUGGGCGGCAUUCCAUAAUGCGACGCAAUAUCACGUGUGCGAGAAGCCAUUUGCGACAAAGGAUACACGCGUACGCGAUCAUUGUCACUUCACCGGACGGUAUAGAGGUCCCGCGCACUUAAACUACACGUCAUCGUUAGUAGCUGUUUUUGGUCUACCCGAUCUUCGUUCGUCAAUAACUGAACCAGUUCUCUGGAAUCGUAAAACAGUACGAUGGACAGUAGAUUUUGAAAUAAGAUCACGAUUUGGAAAUCUGUUAUUAAACAGCGUGGCAACUUCUUCAUAG